GCAAACAAACAAACACUGCAGCUUUAUAAUAUUAGUAUAGAUUAUUGAAACUUUAUGUGCAGUUUCCGAUUGUCUUAAAAUUUACAAAUGUCACUUCUUUUUAGAAUAUGAUUGGUCCAACGUGAUCAAUCUCGCGGAUAAAAAUGGCCGCAGUGUUGAUUUUAAGUUGUUGCGGUGUAUUGUGAAAUUUUAAAGAUUUGUGACCAAGUUUCAGACUGGAAUUAAUAAUUUUUAUAACUGAAGUUGAACAUUCAAUUUAUUUGAACAAAUUUAGUGAGAAGAACAAUGUCAGAAAGUAGUAGUCCCAGCGUGUUAAGUUAUUUGAGACAAUAUAGGUUCCAAAAAAAACCCACACCUGCUUCCAGUGCACCGGUUACGGUUCUUUCUGGACCUUCAAGCUCUCAAUCACAGAUCAGAAUGCAGGCUCCAAAUUUAAGUAAUAAUGGACCACUUGUGUACAAACGUAUCAGAGUGAUGGACUCUGAUUCAGAUGAUGCGGCAUCACCAGCCAAGAAGGUUACUGUUGAACUCACCACAGCAGUUAAGGAGAGGCGAUUUAGAAACAUGCUGGAAAUGUUUCCAGAUAUAACUCCACUGUUUGUUAAAAACACAUUGGUAAAACAUGGUUGGAAUGAAGAAAGAUCUCGUGAUGAACUUCUAAAGUAUGAUCCAGAGAGUAAUGAUACUAAGCCAAGUAAACCCACCACAUCAACAUUUUUUGGUUCUCGACCGGGCUUCUCUGGACAAAUUUCUAGUUCAAAUGGGACCACAAUUCGAGUGCAAAGUAUAAGUAAUACUACAGUUAGAAGGCCUGGGCCAGCUAGAAUUAAAUUAACAAAAGCUGGUAGCAGUGGCAGUGAGGAUGAUGAUUACGGAGUAAGGAAAGGGAAAGAUGAUAAGGUGUAUGAUAGUGAUGAUUCAGAUAAUGAAAUAUCAAAUGACCUGGUUGGAGACAAGCGCAAAGUAUUUGAGUUCCUAAACACUAGUAGUUUAAAUGAAUUGAUGAUGUUAAGUGGUUGUUCGCAGAAGAAAGCUGAAGCUAUUAUAGCACAGAGACCCUUCAAGGGUUGGUUAGAUAUGGUACAAAAAUUCAAUGAAAAUAAAAUGCUCAGUACAGAUCUAUUAAAUUCAACACAAGAGUUGCUCUGUACCAGGAAUAACAUACAGAGGUUAAUGAAGAAAUGUGUUGGUCUUGCUCAGCAGCUAGAAGCAGCUGUGGCGGCUGGUGCAGGCAGAUUGAGUCAACCUACCACACUAGGACAAGGUUUAAAACUGGCAUCAUAUCAGUUAGUGGGGCUAAAUUGGCUUGCUGUUCUCCACAAGCAGGGUGUCUCCGGUAUCCUGGCUGAUGAGAUGGGACUUGGGAAGACUGUGCAGGUCAUUUCAUUUCUAGCGCAUCUUAAGGAGACUGGCCAGGCAAAGGGGACACAUCUUAUUGUUGUUCCUGCGUCAACACUAGAUAAUUGGAGUACCGAACUUGCCACAUGGUGUCCUGCAUUGAGGGUAAGCAAGUACUAUGGUCAUCCCGAAGAGCGUAGACAGCUGCGUAUUGAGUACGCUAAACAUUUGAAUAAUUACGACGUGGUGCUAACAACGUAUACAAUGGUGAGUAGUUGUCCAGAAGAACGCAAGAUGUUCCGCAUCACUCCAAUGCAUUAUGUUGUGUAUGAUGAAGCCCACAUGCUUAAGAAUAUGUCAACUCAGAGAUAUGAUAACCUACUAAAAAUAAAGUCAAAACACAGGCUACUACUAACAGGGACGCCACUCCAGAACAAUCUUGUGGAACUCAUGUCUCUGUUGUGUUUUGUGAUGCCGCAUAUGUUCUCAGGCAAAACAGAUGAUCUAAAGAAUCUGUUCCAGAAAAAUUCUAAAGCAAAAACCACAAAGAAAACGAAUGGAAACAAAGAGGACGAUGUGCCAGCAUUUGAACAGAGCCAAAUAACUCAAGCCAAGCGCAUUAUGAAACCAUUUGUUCUGAGACGAUUGAAGAAGGAUGUAUUACAGGACUUGCCAAAGAAGACAAAUCAUACUGUGUCUUGUCCUAUGUCGGAAAGACAGCAGACCUUGUACAAGAAUCUUAUAGCUGCUUUCUCUGCUAAGGAUGGUUUGGUGCACGCAACACAAGAGCAGAGUGGCAUGUCAAUGAUGAUGGAUAUGCGCAAAUUGGCGAACCAUCCAGUACUCCUGCGAUACUACUAUCAGGACAGCAUGCUGCGGUCCAUAGCCGGCCGCCUCGCCAAGGAUAAGGGAUACAAGGAGAAGAACGAAGAGUAUGUCUUCCAGGACCUUGGCGUUCUGUCAGACUUUCAGAUACACCAGUUGACACAGCAGUAUCAGUGUAUAGGCUCUUAUUGCCUACCUUCAAACCUAAUAGAAGAUUCCGGAAAGUUCAAUAAGCUGGAUGAGAUGUUGCCCAAGCUGAAGGCUGAGGGUCACCGGGUGCUUAUCUUCAGCCAGUUCACAAUGGUACUUGAUGUGCUGGAGUCAUACCUUACUCUGCGGAGCCAUGGCUACAUCAGGCUAGAUGGAAGCACUGCAGUUAAUGAUAGGCAAGAUCUAAUAAGGCAGUACAAUGCAGAGGACAUAUUCGUAUUCCUGCUAUCAACACGCGCGGGUGGACUGGGGAUCAACUUGACUGCGGCUGACACGGUCAUUAUUCACGACAUCGACUUUAACCCCUACAACGACAAGCAGGCCGAAGACAGAUGUCAUAGAAUGGGUCAGACCCGUCCAGUCACUAUAUACAGACUGUUGAGUGCGGGCACUAUUGAGGAGGGCAUCUACCAGGUGGCGCAGGAGAAACUCACAUUGGAGAAACAUGUCACUGGUGCUGAUGAAAACGAAGCAACAGAACAGAAGAAUGUGGUGAGACUACUGUCGGCAGCUCUUGGUCUGAUGUCACCAAGCAAAUGACUACAGAAUAAUGAUGAUGUCAUUAUCAUUGACUGACAACAGUGACUCAGUGGACACUUAGUGUAUUGUGAAGUGAUAUUAAACAGUGAUACAGUGAUAUGACAUGAACCAGGUAAUAAAGUGCUAUUUAACUGUUCUGUACUUGUUUAUAUGAUGGUAGUGUUUGCAGUGUAAAUUAGUUGUAAAUGGAUUGUAAAAUUGAGAAUGAAGGUUUUAAGGAAUCUCGUUCAUGUUUAUAGUGACAAUAGAUUGGGUAUAUGCAUGUAUUAUAUAUUCCAUAUAUGCAUGCAAUUUAUUGUAUAGAUGAUAUAUUAUUUAUUUAUAUAUGGCAAUGAAACACAAUCCACAGACUAAACAGCUUCCUUCUUUAAAAAUUAAAAAUUGAAGUUCCUUCAAGAAUUCAAAAUUUGAGACAGGGUGUUUGUUAUUCAUUAAAUUAUUUCACCUAAAAUCAAGUAACCCUUAAGAAAAUUUAUUGGUGUUAUCUUACGGAAAUCCGUUACUAUCCAAAUAUGAGUUUUCUUAAGGCAUCCUCAGAAGAUGUUGACUCGCCAAAUGCUGGCACGAGGCUGAGUUUGAAUCAACAUCUCCGGACGAUGCCUCGUGUCGAAUUGAUUGAAAACAAUUCCCAACAUUUGGAUAAGUAACCCUUACAUAAGUUUCUCACAUGCGAAUUGACUUCCAAAUAAAAUAUUUAAAUCUUAAAAUUGCAUGCAUAUACCCUGGUAAUCAUCAAGUAUCAUUUAAAUUAUAUUAAAUUUAUAUUUUUAUUGCAUAGUCUUGUUUCCUUUUUUUUAUGAGAUAUGUAAGUACAUGAGCAAGACUUUCAUCUUCACAUUACAGUGCUGUAUCACUCAGGAUUGAUGAAAAAUCAAAAUUUAUGAGCGACAGAGUCACUUUGAAGCUUUAAUGGCCGUUCCCAAUAUUCAGUCUAUUUCUUACUUGAGAUAAAAAUCGUAACUAUCGUUGACUUUUCUGUCCCAAUAAACUAAUCGACGGUAACUCACCUUAUUCGUAUACGCUGUCUGUCAAUGGGACGACGUAUAGCUUACCAGCGAUAGAAGUUUGUAUGGAAAUUGUAAUUCACGCGUCCCAAUAUAAGGCGAUAAGAAUACGACGACUUAACGGGUAUAUUGGGACAGCUUCAGAUUAUUGACAGCUGAUUAUUGACAGUAGAAGGUAGUAAUUUAUCUCUAUCUGUAGAUAGUAUAUUGGGAACGGCCGUAAGAUGCUUACUAUCAUUUGCACAGUAACUUCACUUGUUUAUGGCACUUUUAACUGAAACAAUAAUGGUUGUAUUGAUGGUUUGAUGGCAGAAAAUUUAUUUCGGUUUGUCUCCGUAAAAACUUAUGUUUAAUUGCUUAGAUUAUUUAUGCGUCUAGAUAGACUCUGACAGCUGUGAAAACGACGAAAAAAAUUUGAGUAUAGAACUAACCUCUAUUUUGAGCACUAGCACAAAAUGUCGUACAAAUCGCGAGUGUAAGACGUGGCUUGUCACGCACACUAAACUAAUAUUCCUGACCUGUUUUUAUCGCUUGUCUAACAGUAUGAGGCUAUCUAGAUUUAUAAAUGAUCUAAGUUCAAUUUUUGGGUUUUACCAACUCCGGGCUUUAAUGGCCUUGUUUGACAGCACGAUACCGUUGUUGUGACAAUGUUAUGCCCCAACCAAGUACAUUUGUUCUUUAUUUUUCAUUGUGAUUCAGUUUGACUCAUAGACCAAGUAUAGUAAAAAUGACAUCAAAAAGAAUUCUAAAGGAAUUAAUUUUGAGAAAAUAAAUGCCUUUUAUGCCUUUAGUAACUAAACUAAUUGAUAGCUUCAGUCUCACUCACACGAGAAUAAGAAAAACUUACGCGAGUCUUAUGUAAAGAAAUGAGAUAGAGUUAUUAGAGUUUUUGUUUCG